AAAUGAGAGGGAAAAACAGCUGAAGAAGUAGUUGAGACACGCUUAUUAUAACUCAAAAUAUCCACACAUAAAGAUAUAGAAAAACAUAAUCCAUAUUUCAAUUUCAGUGACUUGUGUAGCCAGAAUGGUGCACCCAGUAGCAGAGGCAAACGAUCACAGCCCUUUCGGCACCCUCACUCCCGACGAGUUCUACACUCGCCACUCAGUGACUCACUCCUCCGAGUAUGUUACUAACCCUAGAGGCCUCAAACUCUUCACUCAGUGGUGGAUCCCUCUCCCUCCAACCAACCUCAUCGGAACCCUCGCUAUUGUCCACGGCUUCACCGGCGAGUCCAGCUGGCUAAUCCAACUAACCGCCGUUUACUUUGCUAAAGCCGGUUUCGCCACUUGCGCCAUCGACCACCAAGGCCACGGUUUCUCCGACGGUUUAAUCGCUCAUAUCCCUGACAUCAAUCCCGUCGUCGAUGACUGCAUCACCUUCUUCGAAUCCUUCCGCUCUCGCUUCGAUCCCUCGUUGCCUUCCUUUCUCUACUCAGAAUCACUCGGUGGAGCUAUCGCGCUUUUCAUCACACUCCGCCGUACCGGACUGCCGUGGAACGGGUUAAUCCUCAACGGCGCCAUGUGUGGCAUCAGUGACAAGUUCAAACCACCGUGGCCGCUCGAACACUUCCUCUCGAUCGCAGCAGCAAUCAUCCCGACGUGGCGCGUGGUUCCCACGCGCGGCUCAAUUCCGGACGUGUCGUUCAAGGUGGAGUGGAAGAGGAAGCUUGCGAUUGCUAGUCCUAAGAGAACAGUGGCGCGUCCACGCGCCUCGACGGCAUAUGAAUUGUUGAGGAUCUGUCGUGAGCUGCAGGGAAGGUAUGAGGAAGUGGAUGUGCCGUUUCUGGUUGUGCACGGAAGGGAAGACGUCGUUUGCGAUGCAGCUUGUGUGGAGGAGUUGUACGCACGCGCUGCGAGUAAAGAUAAGACGCUGAAGAUAUACGAUGGAAUGUGGCACCAGUUGGUUGGAGAACCUGAAGAGAGUGUGGAGUUGGUGUUUGGUGAUAUUUUGGAAUGGCUUCGCAAACGCGCCACACCAAGCGGUUGAACUUGUUUAAUUAUGAUAUAUAUUUUCUAAUGUAGAUGUAAACCAUCAAAUCAAAUAACAAUGUGUGCGAUUAUAAAAGAAUAACUUUGAUAGCCAAGAUUCAAUCUGGGUAACCAAGGUUAGAGGUAAACUCUCAUGAGCUCAAUUGUAAGAUUCUAAUGCUUGCAUUACAUAUAAAUUGAGAAGUUGCAAUUUAAAAUGAAA